CCUUCUGUGUUUUAUUAUGUUUGUAUUAGCAUACAUACGUUGCAAAAUGAGUGUCCCUGACUAUAUGCAAUGUGCAGAGGAUCAUCAAACUUUACUGGUUGUGGUCCAGCCAGAUGGGAUUGUUCCUGAAGAGAGCUUUUUUAAGAUCUACAAACGAAUCUCAACAGUGUGUCAGAUCAAUGUCCGUGACUCUCAGCGAGUUCUUUAUAUCCGCUACAGACAUCAUUACCCACCAGAAAACAAUGAAUGGGGAGAUUUUCAGACACAUCGCAAAGUUGUAGGAUUAAUAACCAUCACAGAUUGUUCCUCUGGAAAAGACUGGCCUCAGACUUUUGAAAAAUUCCACCUUCAAAAGGAAAUUUAUGGCUCAACCCUUUAUGAUUCCCGGCUGUUUGUGUUUGGACUUCAGGGAGAAAUUGCAGAGCAAACUCGUACAGAUGUGGCAUUUUAUCCUAGUUAUGAUGAAUGUGAAAAUGUGGAAAAGAGAAUAGAAGACUUCAUUGAAUCUCUCUUCAUUGUAUUGGAGUCCAAACGUCUUGACAGAGCUAUUGACAAAUCUGGAGAUAAGAUCCCACUUCUGUGUGUUCCUUUUGAAAAAAAAGAUUUUGUUGGUCUGGAUACAGACAGUAGACAUUAUAAGAAGCGUUGUCAGGGUCGUAUGCGGAAACAUGUCGGUGACCUUUGUCUACAAGCAGGGAUGUUGCAAGAUUCCCUUGUACACUAUCAUAUGGCUGUGGAACUUCUCCGUUCUGUAAAUGACUUUCUGUGGCUUGGAGCUGCUCUUGAAGGCUUAUGUUCAGCCUCUGUCAUCUAUCACUAUCCUGGAGGAACUGGAGGUAAAGUUGGGUCUCGCAGGGCACAAGGAGGUUCACUUUCUGCAGAGGCAGGUAACAGGCACAGACCUGGAGCACAAGAAGUUCUUAUUGAUCCAGGGGCCCUCACAUCAAAUGGCAUCAAUGCAGAUACAAGCGCUGAAAUAGGACGAGCUAAGAAUUGUCUGAGCCCUGAAGACAUUAUUGAGAAGUACAAAGAAGCUAUUUCCUACUAUAGCAAGUAUAAGAACGCUGGCGUUAUUGAGCUGGAAGCUUGUGUGAAGGCGGUGAGAGUGCUUGCAAUACAGAAAAGAAGCAUGGAAGCUUCUGAAUUCCUUCAAAAUGCUGUUUAUAUUAACCUUCGUCAGCUUUCUGAAGAAGAAAAAAUUCAGCGCUACAGUAUUCUUUCUGAACUUUAUGAGCGAAUUGGAUUCCAUCGCAAAUCGGCCUUUUUCAAGCGAGUGGCAGCAAUGCAGUGUGUAGCGCCAAGCAUAAUAGAACCUGGCUGGAGAGCCUGCUAUAAACUUCUACUGGAAACACUUCCUGGUUAUAGUCUAUCUUUGGAUCCUAAAGAUUUCAGCAAAGGAACUCAUCGUGGUUGGGCUGCUGUGCAGAUGCGUUUGCUUCAUGAGCUAGUGUAUGCCUCCAGGAGAAUGGGAAACCCUGCACUUUCGGUCCGACACUUAUCUUUUCUUUUACAAACCAUGCUGGAUUUUCUUUCUGAUCAAGAAAAGAAAGAUGUAACACAAAGUCUAGAAAACUAUACAUCAAAAUGCCCAGGAACAAUGGAAUUCAUUACACUUCCAGAUGGCUUAAAGCUCCCCCCAGUUCCAUUCACCAAACUUCCUAUUGUAAGAUCUGUCAAGCUCUUAAACCUCCCUGUUAGCCUUCGGCCACAGAAAAUGAAAAGCUUGUUGGGUCAGAACAUGUCAACGAAGAGUCCCUUUAUAUAUUCUCCAAUAAUCGCUCACAAUCAUGGAGAGGAGCAAAGUAAAAAAAUAGAUUUUCAGUGGGUUCAGGGAGAUGUUUGUGAAGUUCAGCUGAUGGUGUACAAUCCGAUGCCCUUUGAACUUCGUGUUGAAAACAUGGGACUGCUGACGAGUGGGGUUGAGUUUGAAUCUCUCCCUGCAGCUCUCUCUUUACCUGCAGAAUCUGGUCUCUAUCCUGUGACACUGGUUGGUGUUCCUCAGUCUCCAGGCCAGAUCGACAUCAAUGGCUAUCACACCUCAGUCUUUGGAGUCUUCAGUGAUUGCCUUUUGGAUAAACUACCAGGAAUAAAGACCAGUGGCUGUACCGUGGAAGUCAUUCCAUCUUUACCUAGAUUGCAGAUUAGUACUUCAUUACCAAGGUCUGCUCGUACACUUCAGCCUUCUUCAGGGGACGAAAUUACCACCAGCGUGUCUGUCCAGCUGUACAAUGGAGAGACUCAGCCACUCAUCAUUAAACUUGAAAAUAUUGGAACGGAACCUUUGGAGAAGCUGGAGGUUACAUCAAAAAUGGUGAACGUAAAAGGAAAACUGUUUGGUGACUUCUUGAGUUGGAAUCUAGAAGAUACCCUCUCCCAGUUUCCUUUACAGCCAGGAAGUAUUGCUGUAUUUACUGUGUACAUUAAAGUCAAGCUUGAUUUCUCCUGUCAGGAAAACCUUCUACAAGACCUGAAUGACGAUGGAAUUAGUGUGAGUGGUCUUCCACUUUCCAGUCCAAUUCGACAAGUGAUAAAGCCACGUAUAGAAAAUAAGCCUAUAAAUCCACAGGAAGCCACUAAGGUUGGUGACUUCAGUCACAUAAAGAUGUUGGAAGCCAUCUUGAAUUUCAGAUACUCAGGAGGCCCAGGACACAUUGAUGGAUAUUACAGGAACUUGUCCUUAGGACUUCAUGUAGAAGUUGAGCCAUCUGUGUUCUUUACACGUGUCAGUACCUUGCCUGCAACAAGUACUCGCCAGUGCCAUUUGCUCCUUGAUGUAUUCAACUCAACAGAACAUGAACUCAUGAUCAGUGCAAAGAACAAUGAAGAUCUAGUGUUGCAUUCUGGAGAAUGCCAGCGCAUGGCUAUACAAGUUGACAAGUUCAACUUUGAAAGUUACCUAGAUUCACCUGGUGAAAGAGCACAAUAUGCAAACUCAAAGCAGCUGGAAGAAGAGAGAAAGCAAGCAAAAAGUCUGGAGAUCAGCAACAAGUUAGACAUUAUCUGGAAAAUUCCCUCUUUGAAGCGUGAAGGGGAAGCAAGCGUAGAAGGGAUUCUUAAUCAGCUUGUCCUGGAGCACCUGCAGUUGGCUCCUCUCCAGUGGGAUGUAUUGGUGGAGGGAAAACUCUGUGACUCAGACAGUGUAGCAGAUUGCACAGUUGGAGACCCUGUGAAGCUGGAAGUGAAACUGACCAAUUGGAGCAAACACAGUGUAGGCCCCUUCUCUCUCACUGUGAUCCCAUACCAAGACUACCAAAAUGGUGUCCACCGUUAUGAUCUCCAAGAUGGCAUAACUUUUGUUGGAUCCAACACCUUUUAUAUUGACACAGUUAAGCCAACAGAAAACUCUCUGUGUGUCGUUGCUCUGCUUUUUCUCUGCACGGGCGACUUCUACUUGAACAUCAAGUUCCAUGAAGACAAUUCAAGCAAGGAGUUUCCCCCUUCAUGGUUUUGCUUGCCCAGUGUUCACAUCCGAGCAGUGCCCUCUGUGAUCCAGACCAAGUUGUAAAUGUAAAUGUAUAAUGUAAGAUUGCAUUAGCCACCUUGCUCAGCCACGUUGCACCUGGGUUCCAUUUUACCUCUCUGUUGCUUUCUAGUCCAAGUACUGGCUACAAGUAGCUAACUGUAACCGGACAAUUGCUUUUGCUCAUUUCAGAAGAGGUAAUUGUGUGUGCUGAGGAACUGCAUUUUCUUCGCUGAAGAUGGUUUAUAGGAUGAUCUCUUUUUCAGACAUAUAUUUCAAUUGCUGUUAAAAUAUAACACUGGGCUGUGACUGUACCCAUCGAUUUUUGAAAAGAAUAAUCUUCAAAUUAAUUGAAUCACUCUUGUCUACUUGGAUGAUGUCUAUAAAGUUAUCUUAAUACAAGCCAUGACCUGCACUACUAAAUUCUUUUUCCUUGUUCACUUGAACUUUCUGUGUUCUUUUGAACUUUUAAAAGUAUUCUAAAACCUUUGAACUAUAUAGGAGAUGUAAGUCUUUUCUUCCUUUGCUGGCAGAGUCAGCUUCAGUUCUCAGGAUUGGAUUUAAGUACAGUUAUUAAUCUCAUUUUUUCUUCUUUUUUGUAAACUGCUCCAGAUUUAAGACUGUUGUGGCAAAACAUAAUUUGCUAGGUCCACCAAGGUGUCAAAUUCCUGUUUUUGCUUUGCCACUUCUGAUCAUCUUGAGUUUGCAGCCUUUGAAAACGUGCUCAAGAGACAAUGUUGCUACUUUUUUUCUUCAGCUGAAUUUCAGAAGCAUUUGGCAGAGAUAAGCCGCUGUGUAGUUGAAUGAAUUAAUGCUCAAACUCAGUAUAAUUAAAAAAAAAACCUAAUGUAUGACAAGAAAUGCAGAAUCUAUGGUCUUGACCAUGUGCUGCUUCCUAGGGAGCAAGACUGGAUACAGCUUCGGAUACAUGUAUUCUUUCUCCAUUUCUCUGCUUCUUCAGAGGAGAGCAAAGGGAUCUACUGAACUAGUUUGCUUUUGAUUUAGGCAAGGGCAUUCGCCUGCCAGGUGUGCACAGAUGGAAGUAGAAGGAAUGGCCUGCCAAGGAAAAGAAUUUCAAAUCAUUAUAGCCCAUCCCAGCUCCUGUAGCUGCUAUCAAUUACACUUGCUAUGAACGGCCAUUUGCAAAAGCAUGCAUGGGACCACGGCUUGUCCCAUGGAUUCUUACGGGACCACUGAGGUUCACUUUGCGGAGAGUUCACUCCAGCCAAGUGCUGCUUCUAACCAAAAGAGCCUAACCUGGAAACUCUUUCUAAUUUAGUGUGGGGUAUAUUUCAGUGGUCUGGUCUUUCAUCUAGCUACUUUUGAAGAACAGAAAAUGUUCUUCAUUUUUUAUGAAGAACUUUGUUUAUAUAAAAUCCAAGAGAUCCACAAAAAGGGUUCAUUCUGAUCUUUCAUCCGUCCAUUUUUCUUUGGUUGAAGACAUAGUUUGUUUAUUAUUAUUAUUAUUAUUAUUGCAAAUAAUCAAAAUCAUAUUUCAACAGUAUGGGGUAAUGGGAUUGUAAGAUAAAUAUGCACUGGCUUCAAUAGUUGUUGAUUUAGGCCUGGACUAUUUUUUUUUAAAAGAACCAUUGAAGUCAAUUGUGGCAGUGGAGCAAGAAGAUCAAUAUUAAGGGCUACCAGCCAGUUGCAUGAACCAUGUUUCCCCAAGGGACAUCUUUUUCUCCACACAUUUCCAGCUUUCUUUGCUUAGUACACAUUUGCUUUAUAUCAUCCAGUAUUAAAUAGCAGUCUCAGGAGCACAUGGAGCAGAAAUCUUGAUUCUACAUUUUUCUUGACAAGGAGGAUUUCAUAUUAAAGAUCUUCUCUCCCUGUUUAGCGAGAGAUAGUUAUCCUAUUUCACUUGGCUGACAUACAGGUCUCUCCUGCUGAGAAUAAAGGUUCAUAAAGGCCUAAUCCAUGAAAAAUACCACACUUAAAAUGUCCCUGGAAAUGCAAGUUUUGCUUCAGUCCAUAAUCUCUAUAUUUUGAUUGGAUUUUACUUAGUGUUUUUUUAAUAAGAAAAAUCAAUCUACAUUCCAUUUUGACAUGGGAAAAAAAUCUGCAUUUUACUUUAUUUCUUUUCUCACCCAGCUGUACACUAUACUAUAGAGAUUAUCUGAUAAUAUCUGAUAAUUGGCAGCCUCAGUGUUAAACUCACUUGUAUAAAAUCACUGGAUUUCUUCUACUCAGGUCUUAAAAGAGCCGUGCUUACCCUGCAGAGGAGCGUUAGCGAAAGAGUCAAAAUCCAUGUAGCAGUUUCUUCAACGAGUUAUCUGCUGUUACUUGUACUGCUUGCUUUGGAUGAGCAGGUAACCUUUUCAGUUGUGCUAAUUGAUCAAGAAAUCCUAGUCGCUCAUCCUAACAACCGAUACCAUUUCCAAAUAAGCAAAUGCUUCUGUACUGUCUUCGCCCUUUCAUUGGUGAGCGCUUGCAACUACAAUUGGGAAAUCCUCACGCCGAGGUGUUCCACCUUGCGGUCAAUCCAGAUGCUGCUUUUCAGUAAGAUCUGCUUAAUAAUGAACAUUGCUCCAUGCAAAGUGACCUUCCAAAUUGGUUCCAUGAUGGAAAUGUAGCAUCUGUCCCUCCUCUUGCUCACUUGAAUGAUUAUUCGGUUUGGCAUUUUCCCACUGUGUUUGCUUGCACAAAGAACAGACAAAAUGUUGGUUCUAAUAGUUUGAGUUUCCUGAAAAUGAUGAGUUAAAUUUCCUAACAUAGUAAUAAUUAUUUCACAGAUGUGCACAUUCACAUGAAAGUAUAUUCCAAAGGAAGUUGUAGCCCUACCUCUUGUUUUAUUUCCUUAUCUUUCAUAUAUUAAAGUCUUUAAUAUAUUAGAAUUCUAUUGGAGUUUCCUGCAGAGAAUGCACUUAAAAGAUAGCGCCUCCAUGCAUGUAUGUGUAAGUUAUUGUCUUUAACUUCUCUUUCAGAAAUGUGGUUGAUUUCAUUUUCAUUUUUUCCUAAUGCGGUAUGUAAUGGGUCAGCUUUCACUUGUAAAUCUGAUGUGACACCAUUAAAUGAGUUAAGCCCUUCCUUGUUUUAAAAUCUGUUACAAACUUGGGACUGAAUUUGGCCUGUUCUGCGUAUGCUAGACAAAUUGAAAUCAUAAAUUAUUUGAACUUAUCAAAUAAAUAGGUUUUGGGGUUUUUUAUCCAA